AUGCCUCAUUCACAUCAAUACAGGAGGGAACCAGUGAACGUUUCCUACAACCAUCUGCACUUCCGCAGCGCCGACCCCGACGACGCGGCCAAGUUCUAUUGCGACAACUUCGGGGCCAAGAUCGUGGCCGAGCGGCCGCUGUCCAACACCAAGUCCAUCGAGCUGUCGCUGAACGGCACCUACCUGAUGACCAUAUCGGGGCGGGCCCAGGGCGAAGACCCCGUCGCCGGCUCCACCGAGCCGCGCUACGGCCUGGACCACCUGGGAUUCCAGACCGACGACAUCAUGACCCUGGCCGCCACGUUGAAGUCCAACAGCGUCCACUUCAACUGUGAGCCGUGGGUAAUGCCCUCCGGUUCCGCCGUGGCCUUCAUCGUCGCCCCCGACGAGGUCAGCGUCGAGAUCAUCCAGCGCCCCGCCUCCGGGGAAGAGAAGGUAGUGCUGGCCUGA